CCUGUCCCUUUUGCUCAACACUAACCAACCACUCUCCUUCUCCGUGUCUAAUUAAACCUUCUCUUCUCUCCUUCCUUGAUAAAACUCAAAACUCUUUGUUGUUAAUUAAGAAUGUUUCGCAUCAUGUUUGCUUGCUUUAAUGGAAAAGCAUCACAUAAAAAAGCCAAAGUAGAACCACUUGAAAUCACAGAAUCUGUUUACAGCGACGAGCAAACCAAAAAACAAACGCCAAAGAAGGCAGUAGUGAAGAAAACUGUCCGGUUUGCAGAAUCAGAACCUACCAUUUUGGGAGAAGACAGUGAGAAGGAGUUUGAGAAAACAAGGUGGGGUAGUGGCAAUGAUGUUGGAGAAAAAGAAAGGAUAAGAGUGAGGGUUAAAUUGACAAAGGAAGAAGCUGCUCGGUUGCUAUCAAAAUGCAAUGGAGGAGUUCUCCAAUUCAAUGAUGUUGCUCGUCAACUUGUGUUGAUCCCGGUUAACCGAGUUUGCGUUGUGUCUGAUCGCACAAACAAUUUGUAGCAGUGAGAAUUUAGUUUCCAGAAAUUAUAAUAUGGAUCCAACUUAAGUUCUUGUAUUACUAAGCUAGCCUAAUGGUUUGAUGUAUAUAUGUAUGUGUUUUGUUCCUUGCUGCUUAGCUGAACCAUCAUCUUUAAGAUUCCCUUCUA